GCGGGGUCUGUCGGCCGUCUAUCCGCUGCCCCGUAACCCACAGGCGCCCCGGCAGCGCGGGCUGGGGAAGUGAGGGGGAAGACCACGCUGAAGGAGGCCGGGCCUCGUUUAUAGCUCCGGGGCAGUGAGGAGGCGGGCGUUGAAGCUCCAACGGGCUGCCUUUGCCUCGGAGGCCUUUUCUGCGUGAGCCCGUGCCUGCUGCGCCGCGGUGCGGAGCGGACUCGCUCCCGGGCAGGCCUGCGGCGCCGCUGGGUGCCGGCUUGCCGCGCUCGCUGCCAGCCAGACCUUUGGGGUAGUGCGGCUGCUCCCCGGGGAGGUCACUGCGAUAAGGCAGCCUUCGGGUGUUGCUUUAGGCAAAGGAAGGCACUGACUCAAAUAAAACGGCCUUGAGGUUACAAUGAGUGCACCAAAUAAAGCGCUAGAACUACAGCUGCAAAUGAAGCAAAAUGCUGAAGAGCUGCAGGAUUUUAUGAGAGAAUUGGAGAGCUGGGAAAAAGAUAUUAAAGAAGUGGAUUCUGAACUAAGGAAGCAGAGUGGUGUCCCUGAAGAGGUAAAAACUAAUUUGCCACCAAUCCGAAAUAAGGCUUUUAAGAAAAAGAAGAAAAGCAAAAGUAAAGUACCUUCAAAGAUAACCACUGAGGAAAACAAGAAGAACAAGAUCAAGUCUUAUGAUUAUGAAGCAUGGGGAAAACUUGAUGUGGAUAAAAUACUUGAAGAACUUGAUAAAGAAGAUAGUACUCAUGAUUCUGUAUCUCCAGAGUCUGACUCUGAAGAAGAUGGAAUUCAUAUAGAUGCAGAAAAGGCUCUUGCAGAGAAGGAAAAGGGUAAUAACUACUUUAAGCAGGGGAACUUUGAUGAAGCUAUAAAGUGCUACACUAGAGGGAUGCAUUCUGAUCCAUACAAUCCAGUAUUGCCCACAAACAGAGCAUCAGCUUUUUAUAGGAUGAAAAAGUUUUCUGUGGCAGAGUCUGAUUGCAAUUUAGCACUUGCUUUAGAUAAAAAUUACACAAAGGCUUAUUCCAGAAGAGGGGCUGCUCGCUUUGCUUUGAAAAAUUUUCAAGGUGCUAAAGAAGAUUAUGAAAAAGUUUUAGAGCUGGAUGCAAACAACUUUGAAGCAAAAAAUGAACUGAAGAAAAUUCAUCAGGCUCUGUCAUCAAAAGAAAAUUCAGAACAGAAAGAGUUAGGAGAUGUGGUCAGACAAGAAUUAACAGAUGAAGAGAAGAAGCGCAUUGAAGAUGAGCAGCUUAAGCAGAAGGCUAUUACAGAAAAAGAUCUGGGUAAUGGUUAUUUCAAAGAAGGAAAAUAUGAGGCUGCGAUAGAAUGUUACACCCGUGGUAUAGCAGCAGAUGGCACCAAUGCACUUCUGCCAGCUAAUAGGGCCAUGGCCUAUCUAAAGAUUGAAAGAUAUGAAGAGGCAGAAAGUGACUGUACACAAGCUCUGCUCUUAGAUGCCUCCUAUUCUAAAGCCUUUGCAAGAAGAGGAGCUGCCAGAGUUGCUCUUGGAAAGCUGAAAGAAGCUAUGCAAGAUUUUGAAGCUGUUCUGAAGCUGGAACCUGGAAAUAAACAAGCAAUAAAUGAACUCACUAAAAUAAGGAAUGAAUUAGCUGAGAAAGAACAAUGGACUCAUCAAGGAUAUCCUGAAGUAUUGAUAAAGGAAACAGAAAUAAAAAAUAUAGUCAAUGUGUUUCAUAAUCCAUCACACCUGAAAUCAACAAUGCCUUUGCAUAGAAUACCCAUUGAAGUGAUUGAUGAUGAGACACCAAAGAGUGAUUUGGCCAGCACUACUUCUUUAGUCAGUAACUGGGGGAAUUCAAUGAAUGUUGAAACAACAGAGAAUGAGGAUGAGAUUAGAGAUCAGGAUGAUCAGUUGACUGCAGUGGACAUUCCAAAAGCGAAACACUUGAAAAUAGAAGAAGUCAGUGAUACAUCACCGUUACAGCUGCCUGCUAGCGUGAAAGGAAUUUCAUCAGUGUUGCAUCCGUCUUUCCCUGUGAGCAAACUGAGAGAAAAUGAAAUCAAAAAGUCAUUUACAUCUGCUUCGCCAGUCCCUGCUGUUCCUGCAAAUUCUUUCCAGCUUGAGGCUGACUUCAGGAAGUUGAAAGACUGUCCGGAAAAUAAGUACUUGUACCUGAAGCAAAUAGAACCUUCGCUUUAUCCAAAACUGUUCCAGAAAUCCUUAGAUCCAGAUUUGUUUAACCAGAUACUGAAAAUUCUACACGACUUCUACAUUGAGAAAGAGGAGCCAUCUCUCAUCCUUGAAAUCCUCCAGAGGCUAUCCGAAUUAAAAAGAUUUGAUAUGGCAGUGAUGUUCAUGUCGGGCUCAGAGAAAAAAAUUACACAGGCCUUGUUCAAUCAUGUGAACCUCAUGGGAUUGAAAGAUGCUUCUGUUGAAGAAUUGGGAAAGAAAUAUGGGAUUUUCUCUUAGUGAGAUGACUGACGUGUAAAUUUCUGUUUCUGCGUUUCUCUCCUGUGGAAAUCAGCAGCAGCAGCUAAUAAAGACUGGAAUUUUGUUGCUUUAUAUAAGUAAUGAAACUCUUAGCCUUAGUUUAACCAAAUGGCAAAUGCCUGAAGAGGUAAUUAUCUAGUUCUGCAGGUACCCUUGCUUUCCAGCACCUGAAACAAUUGCAGAUCUACAUUGUCUUCAGUGGAAUUUGUUUGCCUAAAAAAGUUGGGCAGAUUGGCAUUCGAGUUUGGAACUGUAGAUAGAGAUCUUUAUUAAGAGGAAAUAAAUAUUUAUAAACAUGUCUUUGGUAAGAAUCAAAUAGUGUAUAUUACAAAUGUGCAUGAUUUUUUUUAUUUUAGAAAAUAAACUGAAUGUCGAAUUAAAGAUACUUUUUUUUUUUUAAGGAAUUUUUUAAUUAUUAAGCCACUUGAGUCAUUCUUCUAUAAGGAUACACCACAUCAGAACACACAGUGUGCAAAGCAAACCUGGGGUAUGGUGGCCAAAAAGCCCUCAAAAUUCUUUUACUUGAGUUUUACCCAAAAGCUGAGAUUCGCUGUUGACAAACGAGAUGAUCCUGUGAGCCUCAACUGUAAUUGCAAAACAGGAGGGUGUUAAAUACUGCAGAAUUUAACUAAAAGUGUAGGGGGAAGAAAUACUUCUUGUGGGUUUUUUGGAGCAUGCUUUUAAAAUAUUCUGAUGGAACUCAUCUUUUGGGUCAGUUGUUUCUAACCAGGUAGAGCCCUCCAGAAUCCUCAAGAAGCUGAGAAUACCUUUCCAGUGUGAAGACAGCAAAGGCGUAAAAUCACAUGAAAUUUGUAGAUGAGAGAAGAAUUAGCAAUAGGCAUGAUAAAUUAUUCUUACCAUUACCAUGGCCAGGAGGAUGAAAUAACAGCACUUGUCAAGUAUAGUUUUAAGAUUUAACUGUAGUAUCCAAGUAGUGCUGUCUUAUAAAAUUGCCAAGUCUCUAGACUUGACUGCUGUCUCUUUCAUCCUGCUUAUACUAAUAUUCUGUCAGCUUGCUUUCAGCCUGGUUCAGCCCGUAUGCUUUGAUGAUGCUUGUCUGAAUGGAAGCCUUCUGUCCUUAAUGCUUUUGUUUUGGUAA